GGGGCAGCCGCGUGGUUAGGCAGACGGGGCCGGGAACGGCGCGCGCGCGCCCCGCCAGCCUCUGGCGCGCCCCCGGCGGCCUGGGCCGCAGCGUGCUCGCCCCCGCCGCCAGCUCGCCUCACUUAUGGGUCGGAAACGCUGCGUGGGGGAGACUGUUCCAAGAUGGCGGCGGGUUGCUGCGGGGUGAAGAAGCAGAAACUGUCCAGUUCGCCCCCCUCUGGCUCGGGUGGCGGUGGUGGCGCCUCCUCCUCCUCCCACUGCAGCGGAGAGAGCCAGUGCCGAGCUGGGGAGCUGGGACUAGGAGGCGCCGGUACGCGGCUCAACGGGCUGGGAGGUCUAACCGGAGGAGGUAGCGGCAGCGGCUGUACCCUCUCUCCCCCCCAGGGCUGCGGCGGCGGCGGCGGGGGGAUCGCCCUGUCGCCACCUCCGAGCUGCGGAGUGGGGACCCUACUUUCUACCCCGGCUGCCGCCACCUCUUCCUCACCCUCCUCAUCGUCCGCCGCCUCGUCCUCAUCGCCGGGCUCCCGGAAGAUGGUGGUGUCAGCAGAGAUGUGCUGCUUUUGCUUCGAUGUGCUCUACUGUCACCUGUACGGAUACCAGCAGCCCCGGACCCCCCGAUUCACCAACGAGCCCUACCCACUGUUUGUAACAUGGAAGAUUGGUCGAGACAAAAGAUUACGUGGAUGCAUAGGUACUUUUUCUGCCAUGAAUUUGCAUUCAGGACUCAGGGAGUACACACUUACCAGUGCCCUUAAAGAUAGCCGUUUUCCCCCAAUGACAAGGGAUGAGCUGCCACGGCUUUUCUGCUCAGUGUCUCUGCUCACUAACUUUGAAGAUGUCUGUGAUUAUUUGGACUGGGAGGUGGGUGUACAUGGCAUUAGAAUAGAAUUCAUCAAUGAAAAAGGAUCAAAACGCACCGCCACCUACCUACCGGAGGUUGCAAAGGAGCAAGGAUGGGACCAUAUUCAGACCAUAGACUCCUUAUUGAGGAAAGGAGGAUACAAAGCUCCAAUUACUAAUGAAUUCAGGAAAACCAUAAAACUGACCAGAUAUCGUAGUGAAAAGAUGACCCUGAGCUAUGCUGAAUACCUUGCUCAUCGUCAGCAUCAUCAUUUCCAAAAUGGCAUUGGGCAUCCCCUUCCGCCAUACAACCAUUAUUCCUGACACUGAGCCGCACAACCAGUCACUGGGCCUCUCUGCAGACCUCUUCCCAGGAGACCCUACACCUUCUUGGUCUAGCUAUCUCUUUUACUGUACCAUUUUAUGAUGAUAGUUUCCGUUGCCAUGGUGAAGCUUCGACAUCGUCAAUUAAGAUCAUCAUGGUAACGGGUAGAAAAAUGGCAUUUGUUAAGAUCCCGUUUUAUUAUUUUAGAUCAUUGAUUUUUUUUUUUGCAGCAUAUGUAAUUUUGGGUUUUUUUCCUUCCAAUAUUAUGUAGAAUUUUGCUUUGCUAUCUCAGUCAGGUUUCUGUUUUUCUGUUCUCUUUGCCUUUCUUCCUGUUUUGCUUUCUGUUUUCCUUCUUCCUUCCCAUUUUCCUUCUUCCUUCCCUCCCUCCCUUCCUUUGACUGUGGAUGGAAGAAAGCGUGCAGUUUUUAGGGAUUUUACUUAGGUUUGUCUUUAGUCUUCCUCAGUAAGAUAGUUGUUUUUUGAUACCUGAGUUUGGGAUUCAUUCAUAUCAAAUUCAGUUAUUUGUAUAUUACUCUUGAUUUUUGUCUGAAAUUCACUUUGCUAUGACAGCUUAGUAGUUGGGUCUUCACUCCUUAAGUAUAUGUUUUUCCCAUGGUGAAAAUAUAUGAACUUUAGUUCUAGUAGUGAGCAUUCAAAGGUCCGUGAUAGGGCUUGUCACAGAGAGAGAGAAAUCAUUUAUCCCUAGUGUGCUGGUUAUCAUAGAAGAGACUGCCUCACCACUUUAUACAGCCAAUUUGCAAACUAAAACACUGUUUUGAGAAGGUACAAACUACCUUUCAAAAAGGCUACAGGAAACAUUUUUAUGAGCAGCAAAUAUUAGGAAGAGAGCAGAUACAGAAUUCAGUGCCUUUGAGAAGAAUAUAAUUAAGUGGAAUUAAGAGGGGUUAGAAAAAAGGCAAUUUAGAAAAAUAUUCUUGUAAAAUUUUAUUGUUUCUAUAUGUGAAACAGAAGAUUAGACAAAUUCCUUACUCUUAAGUAUUUUUUUAAGGUGAAAAAAAUUAUUUUGAGCAAAUAACCAAAAAGAGACAUUUGUCUAUUUUAUAUUAAUUUAAAUUUGUUAGCUCUAGGUUUCAGUAAGUCAUGAUUGGCUAGAGUCCAUUUUAGCUACCAUCUAAAGAUAUGGUAAAGAUAAUUUAGUGAAACAAAAGUUCAUAUUUGUCAUGAUUUCAGAUAUGUUUGUCAUGGGGACAAUACUAGAGUUUUAGAGAUACUAUAAAAUAGCUUGAAUCUCUUUCUGCACUACAUACUUUUGAUAGAAACACAUUUACUACAUUGAUGUUAUGUCACACCUGUGAAAAUGGAGUUGGCAUUCAGAUGUGCUAUAGUAAGAGCCCAGCUCGUCUGCAAGGACAGUCUUCCCAUGAUGCAUACAAAGAUAACUUACUGAUGUAGAUAGGAGGUCCAUACAUAUAUCCCCAGGAAAAAUGACAGAUUAUUCUGGAGGAAGAUGACCUUCAUUUUGUGGUAUAUGUGUGUGUGUCUGUGUGUCUGUGUGUGUGUGUGUGUGUGUGUGUGGUAUAUAUAUACAUACCACCCACACACACCCCUUUGGAAAAAUAUAUAUAAUUUUUUCAAAUAGGAAGCCAACAUAUCAAGUGAUGAAUUAAAGUAUGCUGCAGAAUAUAUAUUCUAAAACUAUAAAAAAUGUCGGUGAAUAUCAAAGUGAUAUAGCUUAUACAUAUAGUUACUGUGACAAGUGACAGACUGCUAGUUCAGAAUUCGAAAAUCCUUUCUUAGUUUGUGAGAUAAUGGGCUAAAUUCCUUCUGCUUGCCACUGGGGCACAGCAAACUGCUUUAGUUUUUGAUGAGAGUUCUUAGAAGUUUGUUGGUAUUCCUUCAUCCACAGCAUCCAUUGUUGAAAUAACCAUUUUCAGUUGUGAUGCCUUAACUAAGAAGCCAAUUGUUAGCCUGAAACGCAGUCUUGGUAGCCAGUUUCAAUGAAGCUAGAGAUUAGUCAGAAAAAGUUAGCUGUUGGGCUUUAGAAAGGGAUUUCGAGUCCUGUCAUUUCUACUUGGGAGCAUUUUGGAGCAGAUUAGUCUUUCAGUAUAAAAACAAGUGGCUACCUGAUGGAAACUUUUCUUACCCUUAUAGGGAAACUGAGCACAAGCUGAAUGAUAUUGUCUGCUGCAAAAAAAAAAAAAAAAAAGAAAAAAAAGAAAAAAAAGAAAAAGAAAAAAAGGUAAAUAAAACAAGCAAACUGAAGAAAGACAAAAUAGACCAAUAUUAUCGUGAAAUCCAUCUUAACCAUCAUCUCAUCAGUUCAACAGGCUCCUCAUCCUGGGUGAGCUUAUGGUUAGAAGUUUUUUUUUUAGCAAAGAUUUAUUACAUACAUAGAUGUGUGUGUGUGCAUAUACUUAUACAUACAUACAUACAUACAUAUAUGUGUGUUUAUGUAUUUAACGGUGCUAAUCAAUCUUGAGCAGGUCACGUGACUGGUCAUGCGGACUCUAAAAUCAUAUCAGAUUUUUUAAAAUCCUUGAUAUAUGCAGAUGUUAUACAGAUUUUCUUAGCAGUGUAAUAAUGUUAUACUGAAGAAAUAACCAUCCUGCAGGCUUCAAAGGACGAGGUCAGCAAUAUUUCCCAACAUGGCUUGGGGGAAAAGGAUAGUUUUGUCUCCUUUUGUAUUCAAGUAAUGCAAAGUGCAUUUUUGUCUCUAAGUAGCUUUUGACUAAAAGACUUUGUAGUGUAAAGGGUGUUAUACAAACUGUAAUGGUGUGCUUCAAACAAAUGCUAGACCCUUUCACCUUUGUCGUAUAUACAAAGCUGUUCAUUAUGUGGUAUGAAUUAACUUUGAACAUGUUGAAAUAUGUAGCAUGUCUUUAACUCAGACAAAGAUUCUAAUUGCACAGGUUGUGUUCUAGCCAGUUGUGAUUUAUUUGUUCAGAAACACAAAUGUGAAUUGCACUCUUAUCAUCAGAAUAUUGUAUGAGUUCAGUGAUCUUGAAACAGCUCAGAAGUAAUACUUGAACUUCAUUUGAGUAGCACAAAGUUUACAUAGCCCCUUUUAAAUGUUAAUUCGUUCCAUUUAAGUUUUCCGUUUUCAGAUGCAACUGGGUAUUUUUCCUCUUGGAAAUAGUACGUACUUUGCUUUGGUAUGUAGCAAAAGGCUUCCAUUUCUGGAAGGGUUUUCUUGUUCUUAAACAAGGUCAGCCAGGUACCAGAUUCUAAAAGAACAAAUUGUCCCCCACCCCUCAAGUGGCCUUCUGACUGCACGAGAAUGUGCUACUACCCUCUGUAGUCUCCCUUAACAUGAGAGGUCAGUGAAAUUGAUGGAGGAAGUGCAAGGCUUGCUUCCCCUCACCCUUAAAGCUUAAAGCAGUUAUAAGAUUUUCAGUCCAGCACAUACAGUCCCAAUGCCCAGCACACCGGAAGUUUGUAUACUGGCCUCUUAUCUUGUCUUCGUAUGUGGAGGAAAUUUGAAACUGUCAUCUGGAAUAGGUUCCAUCUCUUAUGUGUGUUAGAUCAAACCAAAGAAGCCCCCAGCCAUGCCCAAAUGCUGCUUCAAAAGCCUGCCUUCCAGUCCUUACAAAAACCUUGCAGGAUUAAAUGUGUUAACUUUUUUAUUUUUGUACAGUUUCUAAGUGAUUUUUGCUAGUGAUGUUAAAAUGAAUUAAGUUUAUUUGAGGGGUGUGAGCACCUCCUCCAUUUAAAUAAACUGGUGACUUUCCUUUUAUUUUUUAAAAGUGGAAACCCAUUGUGUGCCUCUCGAUUUAAGGGUUUCUGAUGACAUUAUUCUUAAGACCAGCAUUGAUCCUUUAUAUACAAAGAUAUGUUUUCCUUGUUUUUUAUUGCUAUUUCAGAAGAAAAUGAACCUUUUAUUUUGCUCUACCCAGUAACUGCGCUGGUACAUAGACGCACUGAGCAAACAAACUUUUGUAACCACCUCUGACUACUUUUGUAUAUCAAAGUUGAUUACUUUUGAAAUAUUUGGAUCUAGUUUCUAAGUUAUUUUAGUGUUUUAUAUGUUCCCCAAAAUUACUUUGAAUCUGUCACCAGCAUAAUGAGUUCUUGGUGAUACAAUGGUGAGACUUGUAAUGAGCAAAAAGCUACCUGGAGUAGCUCCUCUUUUCCUUCUUUCUUAGUAACCUGUUUUUUGAUUACCGUAAGACAUCACAGAUUACCUGAAACCCCUUCCAGUAUAACUAGGCCCUCCUUCCUUCCACAUUUAAUUGCUUAAUAGUUUGAAGAAACUAUUGGAAAUGGGCAUUUUAUAUGACAUGUAUGGCUUUAAAAUAUUAAAUAUGAGCAAAAAGAAAAAAUAUGAGAAGGUUUAUGUGGGUCUGUAAGGUAUGGCUGUGGAAAGAUAUUGUAGUAGUUUUGACACUAUUGUUAUUACCUUUAAAAUCAUUUACCCAAUAAAAUGUUAAAACCGA